CUUAGUUUUCAUAAUUAAGAAAUUUACGUGGUUAAAAUAAGUUGAAGAGACCACUAGAUAGUGCUACUAGUCAGUACAUUUUCAAUCGCGCUUUUCGAGCCGUGUUAUACAGUCUCGAUGUGUAACCAGUAUAUCUUUAAUCGUGGUCAUGACGCAAACUACUUUGUGCACUCGCACUCUAUAGAUAGUAGAUCCACGCGGGAAGUUAUCCGAGUGUCUAACCUUAUUACAGAACAGAGUACGGACAGAACAAGAUAUACUUAUAUCUUUAAUCGUGCUUGUUAUUUAUUAGUUAUUUCCCAUAGAUAAUUAUAUGUUAUAUUGAAAAUAAAGAUAUAAUGUUUAAGAUGGUGCUAAAAAUUUGAAAUUCGAGUGUAAAUGUUUGUCCGUUGUUGUUUAAUAUACAGUAACACAGUUUAUGUCCGGUAAUUGCGUAGUUCAGUGAUAAAGUAUGAUAUAACUUAAUAUGAAUUCAGUGCAGUGCGAUAAAUUCAUAAACACAAAAUUCGUAUUAAGAUAGUUUUGAUAGUUUUGAACAGUUGGUACUUUUUUUAAAAUUUUUUUUUUUAUCAUAUUUCUUAUCUCACUCCGGGAGAACUAGUAGGUACCCAAUAUGUAAUGCAUGUGUGUAUUAAUAUGUAUGAUUGAGUGUUGCAAAUACAUUUUAAAUCAUCCUAAUGGUGCAAGUACCUACUCCAUACAUUUUUUUUAUAGAAAUGUGAAAAAGAUAAACAAAUGUCAAAAAUGUAUACUAGUAAUAAUGUACGUAAUGAAAGUUUUGAAUACAAAACUCCUAAAAAGAAAAUAUACGAUGGAAGUUCAACAGAGUUAAAUACUUAUACUGAAGAAAAAAUGUGUGAAAAAUAUAUUGAACAAAAUAUUACCGAUUCUUAUUCAAGGAAGAAUGUAAGCCAAAAAGAAAAGUCUGAAAAAAAUACCUUAGCAGAUAUUUCAUUAGGAAAUAAUUGUAGCAUGGAUAAUGAGAAUGUUCUAACUAAAAAACCGAAAAAGAAGAGAAAUCAUAAUAAAAGUUUAAAUUUAAUACAUAUAAAUACCAAUAAUGAUGCACAUUUCAGAACAUAUGAAAAAGUUAAUGAACAUAAUAUUAAUGAUCUCGAUUCCACCAAAAAUAUAAGCCAAAAAAGAAUGUCUGAAAUGAAUGCUUUGCUAGAUAUUUCAUUGGGAAAUGAUUUUAAUAAUGUUAAUGAGAAUGUUACAAGUAAGAAACCUAAAAAGAAGAAAAAACAUAAAACAAGUUUAAAUUCAAUAGAAAUAAAUACCUAUAAUGAUGUAGAUCACAGAACAUAUGAAAAAGAUAAUAAACAUAUUAUUGAUGAUCCUGAAUACACGGAAAAUAUAACUAAAAUAAAAAUGUCUGAAAUAAAUGAUUUAACAACUAUGAAACCUAAAAAGAAGAAAAAGCACAAUAAAAGUUUAAAUACCACCACUGAAGCAGCAAUCAAAUCAUUUGAUAGAACUUUUGUAGAAGUUAAUGAACAAAAUAUCAUUAACUCUUAUUCCAGGAAGAAUGUAAGUCGGAAGAGAAAGUCUGAAAUAAAUGCUUUAGCCGAUAUUUCAUUGGGUAAUAGUUGUAGCAUUGAUAAUGAGAAUGUUCCAACUAAAAAAACAAAAAGGAAGAAAAAUUGUGAUGAAUUCAAUGAAAAUUCAAUAGAAUUCAACACCAAUCAUGAUACAAAAAUCCAAAUAAUUGAAAGAAAUUAUGAGGUAGUUAAUGAUCAAAAUAUUAAUAAUUCUGAUUUUAGAGAAAAUAUAAAACAAACAAUAAAGUCUGAAUUAAACACAUCAUCAGAGAUUUCAUCGGAAAAUAAAUGUAGCAUGGAUUAUGAUAAUGUUGCAAUUAAGAAACCUAAAAAAAAGAAAAACCAUGAUAAAAGUUUAAACUCAAUAGAACUAAAUACCAAUAAUGAUGCAGUUAAUGAUUCCGAUUCCACAAAAAAUAUAAGCCUAAAAAGAAUGUCUCAAAUAAAUGCUUUACCAACUAAAUCACCUAAAAAGAAGAAAAAUCGUAGUAAAAAUUUAAAUUUAAUUGAAUUCAACACAAAUCAUGAUACAGAAAUUCAAAUAUUUGAAAGAACAUAUGAUGAAAUUAAUGAUUCGUAUUACGGAAAAAAUGUGAAGCCUGACUUAAACACAUUGUCAGAUAUUUUGUCGGAAAAUGAAUUGAGCAUGGAUAAUAAUAAUGUUUCAACUAAGAAACCUAAGAAAAAGAAAAAGCAUAAUAAAAGUUUGAACACAACAGAAUUAAAUACCAAUAAUGAUGAACAUUUCAAAACAUUUGAAAAAAAUAAUGAACAUAAUAUUAAUGAUUCUGAUUCCACUGAAUAUAUAAGCCAAAAAAGAAUGUCUGAAAUGAAUGUUUUGCCAGAUAUUUCAUUGGGAAAUGAUUUUAAUAAUGAUGAUGAGAAUGUUCCAACUAAAAUUCCUAAAAAGAAGAAAAAUCAUAAUAACAGUUUAAACUCAAUAGAAUUAAAUACCAAUAAUGAUGAACAUUUCAAAACAUUUGAAAAAAAUAAUGAACAUAAUAUUAAUGAUCCUGAUUCCACUGAAAAUAUAAGCAAAAAAAGAAUGUCUGAAAUGAAUGCUUUGCCAGAUAUUUCAUUGGGAAAUGAUUUUAAUAAUGAUGAUGAGAAUGUUCCAACUAAAAAACCGAAAAAGAUGAGAAAUCAUAAUAAAAGCUUAAAUUUAAUACAUUCAAAUACCAAUCAUGAUUCUGAAAUAUUUGAAAGAAUGUGUGAAGAAGUUAGUGAGCCAAAUUUGAAUAACUCUGAUACCAAAGUAUUAGCAUCUGCUUCACUGGAAAUUAAUGAUAGCUUAGAUAAUGAACAUCUUGCAACUAAGGAAUCUGAAAAGAGGAAAAAGCACGAUAAAAUAACUAACAAUCUUAGUUUGCCUAUGAUCUCCCAAAGCCAGAGUAGAUUAAAGACUCUGCUAAAUUCCAUGGAAUUAUAUAAUUUUGAGGAAUCAUCAACUAAUAAUACCAACAUUAAUUUAAAACGUUUUAAUUUAAUGAAGUAUCUAACAAAUAAAGACCCUUCACUAAAAAAUCAUCCUAAUUUCAAACAAAUAAAUGAACAUUUGUCUAAAAAAAUCAAACAAACCAUAAAUAAAAAAUGUGAAUUAAAAGCAUCAGAUAUUUUAUUACUAAAAACAAUUGGAAAAAUUAUUUUGAAAAAAAUUGUUGAAAAAAUUGAUUCUGCACAGGAUAUAAAAGAUUUAGUUAUUAAAUUACCACCUGAAUGUUUGGAAAAUAAAAUUCAUUUUAUUGAGACUACUUUAUGUAGAUUACCAAAUAAAAGCAAAAUGGAUAUUAUAAAGAAGCACAAUCCUCUGAUCAAACUAAGAGUAUUUAAUAAAGAUGAAGAUAAUAUGAUUCGAGAAUAUUGGUCAAAAUUUCAAAAGGAAUACAAUAUUUCAAAUAUUCUACCAUUCUUAUCUAAUGGUUUGGAAAUAGCUUUGAGUCCUACAGAAAGAUUACAAUUUAUUCGUUAUAUAUCUGCUGGACUUCCUAACCGAUUGUUAUAUUCUGUUUUUAAUAGAUUCAAUAUUCUGUUUAAUGAAUACCAAGACAAAACAUGUUUUAGUGAAGAAGAAGACCAAUUAAUUAUAAAAGUAGACAAAUGUGAUGCAAUUAAAAAUAAAUUUUCUGUAUUAAGUUUAAUUCUAAACCGAACUAGAUUACAGCUUUACAGAAGACAUGGAGUUUUAAAAAAUCAACAUAUAGAACGUGAAAAAUUUGUGUGGGACGAUCAAAAGCGGCAAGAACUAUUUACAAAUAUACUAUUAGAAACAAAUACAGAACAUUGGACACAUUUGAAAAAUCUGACAAUAACAAAGGACAUAUUUAUUAAAAUUGCAAAAAGACUCGGCAAAAAUAUUACUUAUAAUAAAGUUAGAUAUCAAUGGAACUAUUUAUAUACCAUGUUAUUUUGUGAAAAACCUAUUUUAAUGUCAACGUUCAACUUAACUGUGUUGGAAUUAUUAGAUCAGAUAAAUCCUAAACAUUGGUCGGAUUUGAAUUGGAUAGAAAUAACCAAUAAAUUGUAUCCAGGUGCAAAAAGUAAAGUUAUUUGUGGUUUUUUUCAUACUUGGAUUGAUAAGAAAGUCCCAUCAGACAUAAAAGAAAACGUCAGAUAUACAUUGGAUUAUUUAAAUGCACACAAAGUGGAUAAAUUAAAAAUAAGAAUUGAUAAAUAUGGCGAAAGAGAAUUUCCUAGGCUUACAGUUAAAGAUUAUGAUUUAUUAGUUAAUAAUCAAUAAAAAUGAUUAAUUGUUAUUUAAUACAUAAAUAUUAUUUUUUUUUUUAAAUAAACUUCUUCAAGGACGCCACACACUGCAGCGGUGGCGGUAAAAUUGUAUCCGGAUUCAUUUUGCGUAACCGCUACCGCCACCGCUGCAGUGUGUAGGGACCUUUACGGCUUUACCGAGUGUACGAAUAAAACCGAUACGACAUGCA